CUCCACCAAGGACAAGGGAGGAAAGGUGGCCCAAGAAAGAAGACCUGUGAACUUUUUUUGGCUGUUUGAUCUUUCUCACUGCCUUCUUCGAGCUGGCUUCCUCUGUCUGUUUCUUUACCGACGUUUCGUCUCUUCCAUUAAGCAUGGAGAUAUCGCUAUCCUUUUUCUUAACCAGAUGUUGCUUUCCUUUGGUAGUCGUUUUCAUACACUGGGCUGUAUUAUUUUCUUCAUGAAAAAGAAAAAGGUGUAUUAUUCUCUUGACAUGUACAAAACUGACAGAUCCACCAUAUUAAUUCAGAGUAAAUGAGCCUUGCUGAGAGGAACUCCAACCAGCAAACUAUCCUUUACUCUUCUUCUCCUUCUUGAACACUAAAUUUUUUUGAAGAAGUCCAUGCUCCAGAAGAUAGAAAUUGGGGCCUCUCAUGGAAAAAGAUCUGCAGUGCAUCUCAAAGACCCAUCGAAGUAGGGGGGAAAACACCCGGAAUUCCUUUGGUUUGCAGACACUCAUGAGGAGUUUAUGGGUCUUGGGAGUAGAUUUUUAGAAGCCUGCAGUGCUCUGCAAGUUCCAAAUCAUUAGGAUAUGCCUCAAGACAAUCUAAGAUCAGCUGUUCACAAAUCUUUAACAAAGAGCAUUCCUGUUGGAUUUGAAGUUGGGAAUGAAACAGUCCAAUGUGGGACAAGCAGAAGGUCCAAAAGCUCCCCAUUUGUUGCAUUAGAGCCUAUAGAUCGAAGAGGCCGCCGUGGCCCAGAUCCGAUGGCCUUCAGGGUUAAGGAAGAAGAGAAGGUCAUGGCCUACCAAGAGGACAGCGAGUUGCAGCUGUUGCAUGUCUCCAGAGGAGCUCAGAAGCUGAACCAGAUGAUUGAUUCGUGGUCAAAGGCACCAAAUCUGGAUGGGCGAUCAAAAUAUUUUGCAGAAGAUCUUCUGAGAAGUGCUUUGGAUCUCCAGGAGUCGCUGAUCAUGCUCGAGAAGCUACAAAAUGCCUCAAAGAGAAUGUUCAGGAUGAAUAAGAAGCAGAAACCAGAGUUCAUAUACGAAAGAGAGCAAGAACUAGAACAAGAGAACUCUCCUGAAGCAUUGGGCUCUAAAAGAUUUGAAGCUGGUGGCCACCACAAUUGGUUGCAGGAACCAAGGCUUUCUGUCAGUGGAUCUUCAAGGAAUCUUGUCGAGGAGCUGAAAAAAGUGAUAGAGGACAGCCUCAGCAGGCAGAACCUCUUGUCGUUAUGCUCUGAUGAUGAGAAGGCUUCUUCGAGCAAGUCGGCUAGAUACUCUCAAAGCAAGGUUUCCAAUGGUAAGCGUAGUGAGCAAAAGGUAGAGGCAGUUGGUUCCAUUCGUGCCUCGAACAGAACUAAGAAGCCAAAAGCUCCAUGUUUGAUUGGUAAGCUUAUGGGUCUGGAAGAAGUCCCUUCACAAACUGCUCGGCCAGUCAAAAAAGAAGAGAAGGGGAAGAACAUAAAUUCCCCAAGGCACAGUCUUGAUAUUGAGAUGCCAAAGGCAAGGAAGCUGCAAUUUGUGCAGCCAAUUCCAGAUCCAAAGAGAAAGACACUCCAGGAAAUCAUUGAAACAAUGCAAUGCAAAGGGCUUUUGAAGGGUAACAAACCUAAAGACCGCAGAUGUCAGCCUUGUUUCUCUCCUACUCCACAGCUGCAACAGUGUGCCAGAGAUUUCCAUGGGGAUGACAAUGUGCCACCAAUUGUGAUUGUGAAACCUUUGCAUUUACAAUGCUGGGAGAGAGGAGAGAUCCAUAAGGAACAUGCUUUAGAAAAGCUCGCAGUUAAGGAAGACAUUGGAUCAACUAAGUUGGGCCAGGAGGAUAAAGUUUCUGAUCAGAAAAUUAUGGUAAUCAAAACAUUAAAAAGAAAAGAAGUAAAGCCCAUGGGCAAAAUCAAAGACAAAUCAUUUCCAAAUGUUAAGUCUGUUUCCGUAGCUUCUUCAUCUCAGAAUCAGCAGAAGAAAGAGGCUUUUAAGACUUGUCAAAAACCCAAUAAAGGACAGAAAGAAUUAUUUUUGAAUAACAAGAAACAAGAAGAGAAGAAGGAUGUCAAAGCAGCCACAAAGAAGUUAAUAUCACCUUCCAAGACCUCUGCAGCAGCAGCAAAGAAUGAUAAAAGACAAGCAGCAGCAAGGAAUUAUGGUUCCACGCAGCUAAACACAUCACAAAAUCAAAAUCUAAGACGCUCAUCAAAAUUGGUAGCACAGAAUUUCUCAGGUUCCACGAAGGAGAAGAAGACCACAGGAGCAAAACCAGUUAGAAGAUCUAACAAAGCAGUUAAUGGUGAUAAGAAAUACAAUGAAGAUGGCAAAGAAGUCAAUUCUCAUUAUCAAACCGAUUGUGUUUCAACAGCAAGCAGCACUUUCUCAGGUGAUGAGCUCUCCAAACAGGCAGCCCAAGACGCACAACCCUGCAGCAGAGAUGAUGCAGUAAAAACUUGUAAAGUGUUAUGUGAAGUUAUUGGAAAGAUCAAUCAAGAUGGAAAUGUCUCUGGGUUAGGAGAAGAAGCUAUUCAACUUCCUGAAAAGAAAGCGACUACAGGAGAAGCAGCUGCAAUAGAAGAUGACCUAAAACUGUUACUUCUGAGCAACCAACCAUUCCUUAACCGUGCACAAGAACUUUUCAGUGUUGAUGAUAAUGGACAUUCAUACUAUCAGAAUAAAGGCACAGAUGAGGUUGGAAAGAGAAAUGCUAAGCUCUUCUUGGACAUUGCAGCAGAGCUGAUGAUGUGCAAAAGCCACCACCAGAAGCACUUGAUUCAUUCAUCACUUCAAGCCCAUUCGUGGGGCAGAACAGUAUAUUACACUAUAGACCUGUUGGUGGAGGAAAUUGGUAACAAGAUCAGUAAACUGACUAAUUACAUUACAGUUGGUGAUGAUGCUACCACAGAUAGCCUUUAUAGAAGACUGGAGAGAGAUCUCAAAUGCAAGGACCCAAUGAUAAAUGCCAUGUGGGACUUUGGCUGGGUGGAUUGGACUUGCAUGGAAGAGACAGACCAAGUUGCAGGUGAAGUUGGAGAAUAUGUCUUGGCUUGGCUCAUCGAAGAGGCUGCUAUAGAAUUAGUGUAUUAAAAAGGCUUUUAUGUUUUUAGGGACCUUAGGCUAUGUUUGUAAAUCGAACAACUGCUAACUUUUCUAUUUUACACAUGAUGCUGCAUUCUGUAGUCCGAAAACAUUCUGGUUUUAUGGGAAAACAUAGAACAAUAUAAUCAAUCGAAAAAGAGCAUUGAAGAU